AUGCAGGCGGCUAAAGCACCGAGCGAGAAGAAAAUGAAGGCGAAAGAGAUAAAACGAAGGAACAUCAUCGAAGCUCUGAAGCGAAUGGAUGAAUUUUUGAUGAAUUUUGAUCCAACCCAACAUCAACACGAGGUUCCCAUCCGGCUCGAACGUUUGGAUAAGCUUAUCGAGACGUUUGAGAUGAUCCAAUCUGAAUAUGAGGCAUUCGACGACAGCGAAAAAUUCGUAACCGCGAAUCUUGAGUGUAGAGCGGCUAUAGAGGAACAAUAUUUUCGUUUAAAAGCUGGGUUGUUAUCUAAAUCACCACAAACCGUUCCUGUACCAGUAGCUAAAAGUUCGACUGCUAAUGCCUGUCCCAUCUCAUCUAACUUGACAAAUGUAAAGUUGCCAACGAUUACUCUACCCGAGUUUGAUGGAGAUUUCAACAACUGGCUGACAUUCCAUGACACAUUUGUCUCCAUGAUCCAUUCUUCAACGGAAAUUUCCUGCGUCCAGAAAUUUCAUUAUCUUCGAGCGUCGUUGAAAGGAGAAGCAUCGAGUUUGAUUCAAUCAAUUAUUAUUACUGCAGCAAACUAUGCAAUAGCUUGGGAGACACUUGUCAAACGCUAUUCAAACAAGGUUAUUCUUAGAAAGAAGCACAUUCGCGCUCUGCUCAAAUACCCUAAAAUCCCAAAUAAUUCGGUUAAUGCUUUGCACAAAAUAAUUGAUGACUUCCAGCACCAUACGAAAGUGCUGCAGCAACUUGGUGAAUCUGUUGAACAUUUAGACUUUAUACUGAUGGAACUACUGGAGGACAAGCUGGAUGAUGCAUCGUUACAAGCAUGGGAGGAAUCCGUAUCAGCAGAUGAUCAGCCAACCUAUACUAAGAUGAUAGAAUUCCUUCAGAAGAGAACCCGUGUGCUAGAAACAAUUCUCAUCAACCGCCCACAACAUUCUAACGCUAGAUGUACUAAUUACAAUACCGGAAACAAAAAAUCUUUUCAACCCCGAAUCAACUCCAAUGCCAUGGCAGCAGCUGUUCCCAAAGCAUUUCCGUUAUGCCCUGCCUGCGAAAAGGACAAGCAUUCAAUAAUGGAUUGUCCUAUCUUUAACGGAUUUGACGUGAAGGGACGUUUGAAAGUAGUAGCAGACAAAGGACUUUGCAGCAACUGUUUUCGGAGCGAUCAUUUCGCUCGUGUAUGCCGAUCAAAAUACCACUGUAAGCACUGCAACAAGCGCCACCACUCAAUGAUUCAUCCCGGACCGUUUACCACUAAUCAGUUGCCCAGUAAUAGUCAAGCUAAUAGUAACACUUCUACUAGCUCAUCUCAGAUUAUUUCAACUAUUGCCACUCAACCGGCUGGAAAAUUCAAUCUAUCUAAGCCUGUAUAUGUGGAAAGUGGAAACGUUAUUCUGUCGACUGUCGUCCUGCUGGUCGUCGACGCCUAUGGUCAGGAACAUAUUGCCCGAGCUCUGUUAGACACAGGAUCACAGCCAAACGCUAUCAGCGAGCGCCUGUGUCAACAACUGCAUCUUCCCCGAAAAAUCGUAAAUGUUCCAAUCGCUGGAGUGGAUGACACAGGAUCACAGCCAAACGCUAUCAGCGAGCGCCUGUGUCAACAACUGCAUCUUCCCCGAAAAAUCGUAAAUGUUCCAAUCGCUGGAGUGGAUGGUACUAUUACCAAUUCGAAGUACCAAAUACGCGCUGAAAUACGCUCUAGAGUAUCUCCAUAUAAGGAAGUGUUAGAUUUCCUCGUACUACGGAAAGUUACCAACGACACCCCACCGUUUUCAAUUAUCACACCCAACUGGGAAAUACCCGAACAUUUUCAGUUUGCUGACCCCGAGUUCAACGUAAAAAGGAGAGUCGAUAUGAUCAUCGGAGCCGGUCAUUUUUAUUCACUGCUACUUGAGGGCCGAUUCCGUUUAGCUAAUAAAGGUCUUAUGCUAGUUGAUACUAUGUUCGGCUGGCUAGUCACAGGAAAGAUGGGCCUCGGCGAAGAAAAUACUCAUCAAGCACCAAUAACUUGUCAUAUGGCGACAGUUAUGCCCGUAGAUGAGUUGCUAGAACGGUUUUGGUCAGUGGAAGAAUGUAGUUCAUCUAAUUAUUCGCUUGCUGAACAGCAAUGUGAGGACUUAUUCAAUGAAAGCACAACACGUGAUUCUGAUGGGCGUUAUAUUGUACGCUUGCCGAAAAAGGAAAAUUUCACGCAACUACUCGGAGCAUCGAAGCUAAAUGCUUUCAAGCGAUUCAAGUGGUUGGAGAAAAAAUUAGAAAAGGACCGUGAUUUAAAACAGCAAUAUCACGACUUUAUGUCGGAAUACAUUCGGUUGGGUCACAUGAACGAAAUUUCUGAAGACAACCUUGAUGGUCCUGACGCCUGCUAUCUACCGCACCAUCCCGUAAUAAAGACUGCAAGCUCUACCACAAAGGUGCGUGUCGUCUUUGACGGUUCUGCGAAAACAAGAACCGGUCAUUCACUGAAUGAUGCCCUAUUGGUUGGGCCCGUCGUACAGGACGAAUUGAUUACUAAUGUAUUACGAUUCCGUAAAUUCCCGAUUGCGUUGGUGGCGGACAUCGAAAAAAUGUACCGCCAGGUUUCGAUGCAUCCAGAAGACCGUCGUUUGCAACGAAUUUUUUGGAGAUUCCAUGAUUCACAACCCAUAGCUACAUAUGAGCUUGGUACCGUUACGUAUGGUCUCGCUCCGUCGUCGUUUCUAGCUACAAGGACCUUAAAACAACUUGCCGACGAUGAUGGUGCACCGUUUCCUAAAGCCACAAGAGCAUUGAAAAACUGUUUAUAUGUCGACGAUUUCAUCGGCGGAGAACAUUCCGUCGAAGAAGCGAUCCAGUUACGCAAUGAACUAAACGAACUUUUAUACAAGGGUGGUUUUUGUCUUCGAAAGUGGAGCUCCAACUCACCGGAUGUUUUGAGCGAUUUGCCUAAACAACUCCUCUGGACGGAUACCGCUCGAAAUUUUGCACCAGAUGAGACGAUCAAAACUUUAGGUGUCAAUUGGGAACCAGCAUCCGAUAAAUUUCGGUUUGAUGUAUCCAUAACAUUGAGGGAUGAGCCGGUGACGAAGCGCAGUGUCCUAUCUGUUAUAGCGCAGCUAUAUGAUCCACUAGGUUUAGUGGCUCCCGUUAUUGUUCGGGCAAAAAUAUUAUUGCAACAUCUUUGGUUGUUGGCUUUAGAUUGGGACGAUGAACCAACAGGACAACUACCGAUUGGACGAGUAACCCCCAAUGAAGCUUUCACCCAUACUGGUGUUGAUUAUUGUGGCCCUCUGUACCUGAAACCAACGCAUCGUAGAGCAGCAGCAAGGAAAUGUUACGUGGCCGUGUUCAUUUGCCUUACGACGAAGGCCGUUAAUUUGGAAUUAGUUGGCGAUUUAUCUACCAAUACUUUUCUCAUGGCGCUCAACCGUUUCAUUUGGCGACGAAACAAACCGUACCAUAUGUACUCGGACAACGGUACAAAUUUCAUCGGUGCAAAGAACAGUCUUCAACAACUGUACAAUAUGCUCCAACCAGGACCCGAACAGAAUCGCAUCUCCAAGCAACUUGCAGAGGACGGCAUCCAGUGGCAUCUGAUCCCUCCACGUUCCCCUAACUUCGGGGGGCUAUGGGAAGCAGCGGUUAAAGUGGCUAAAACGCAUCUAGUUCGGCAGCUUGGUAGCAGUACACUCUCCUAUGAAGAACUCGCCACUGUACUGACAAUGAUCGAAGGCUGUAUGAACUCGCGACCUCUCACCCCAUUUUCGGAUGACCCUAGCGACCUAUCAGCUUUAACUCCGGCACACUUCCUCGUUAAGAAUAUGAUUCGUCCAUUGCCAGAACCAGACAUCCGACACGUUCCACUUAAUCGACUAACUCAAUAUCAGCGAAUUCAAGCCUAUGCUCAAAGAUUUUGGUACAGAUGGAGAAAUGAAUAUUUAAAGCAACUUCAAUUGCAGUACACAGUCAACCCUCGACCGUUUAAUCUUGAUGUUGGAUCUGUAGUGAUAAUCAAGGACGAAUCACUUUCUCCGGCACGUUGGCCGCUCGGCCGCAUUGUGGAAAUACAUCCAGGUCCCGAUCAUGUCACCCGUGUCGUGACGUUGCGCACUUCAUCUGGCACACUGAAGCGAUCUGUAUCGAAGAUAUGCCCUCUGCCUUGCACAUCGAAUCUGGAGGACUUUGUCCCAGAAUCAGUUUCCAAAUAA